GCGACAUCUAUAACUUCAUGAUGUGGGGCUGGUAUUACGAAGAAGACCUACCUUCUGCCGCACACGGGACUAGAGCGAAACUGCUGUGGCCCUGGGACUGCCUACUAAUGCCGUUGUUCAGAUUGCGGCUAGAGUUCCCCAACGUUCUCCAGAGCAUCAGGGAACCUGUUCUAGAAGCCGCCUGCCUGUCCUUCUUUAGUUCACGCUACACGCCUUCGCGCCUGAGUUGGGAGGCACAGGAUCAAAUCGAGAAUUUACGAAGGCAUAUCCUCAUCAAUAAAACUGCCAUAGAGCGGGAUUAUGAAGCUGCUCGUCCCGACCCGGUUUACAAGCUUAUGCUCCAGAUCAUAUCGCCCUUGUUUGAAUGCCUGGGGAUGUUUUAUCGUGAAAGAUGUCUUCCCAGAUACCCAGUUGCGAGGCAAUUCCAGCGGGCCAUACCUCACGCACGCCUCACUGAGCUAUGCACGCGCGUAACAGAGAUGCUAGCUGGGGUUCGCGACUACCAUGACUUUGUCACUGUAAAACCUAUCUUGGAAGCGAUCUCACCUCGGUGGGAUACGAGAUGUGUCCUGGAAUUUCGACCGCGAAUACAGUCUCUUAACUGGAAGGAGAGUUUUCGCGUGAAUCUUGAUCCUGACGACUCUCGGUAUCGGCUGCGGUGCAGCGGGGUUGCUGCCUAUAUUUCGACGGUGCUCGAAAAGCCAGAAGUAGAGGUGCGUCGUUCUGUCCAAGGUCGAUAUGACUUGAUAGAUAUGUCAUUGCCAUAGAUCUAUUCUACUCAUCGAGGUCUCUGGAGACCAGAUCGGAUCGCUUGGGAUUAUAAUCAGCAAUGCCACUGCAUGCAUCUCAUUACUGAACACCCGUAUCGCGACAUACUCUGGGUAGCUGCCACUGAACUGCACAGUAAU